AUGAACGCCAUCCUUGCCCUGACUUUGUGCAUCGUCGCCGGUGUCGCCGCCGAGUACCAGUACGGUACGUACGAGAUCGGAGUCCCACAGAACUAUGGCUCGGAGUACAACAACAACCAGUACGGCAACAACCAGUACGGCAACAUCCAGUACGGCAACAACCAGCAGUACCAGUACAAGCCAGUCCAGGCCAUCCCCGAUGCUCGCUGCCCACGCACGGAUGACCCGCUCCGCCCGGUGCACCUGCCGUUCGCCGGCAACUGCAACAAGUUCAUGAAGUGCACCGGUGGUAUGGGCUUCGUCAUGGACUGCCCGGCCGGUCUCGAGUACAGCCAGCGUAUGGGCCGUUGCGACUACCCUGCCCUGGCCCAGUGCAGCAUGUAA